AUGUCAAGAGAAAAAGAAGUGUUCAGAGUUAAAUUGUUGACACCCAAUGCAACCUGUCCCAAAAUAUCAACGAGGCUAAGUGCAGGGUAUGAUUUGUACGCACAGGAGGAUGGAAGUAUAGAGGCAGGGCAGCGUAGGAAGGUUGAUCUGGGAUGCUCCAUUGAAAUACCAGAAGGAUACUACGGACAGAUAUGCUCAAGAUCAGGGCUAUCGUUCAAGUACGGGAUCAUGACCAUGGCUGGAGUGAUUGACGCAGACUACAGGGGAGAGCUGAGUGUUUUAUUGUACAACGGAGGAGACAGGGCAUUUUCUUACGCAAAAGGAGACCGAAUUGCGCAGAUGGUAAUAAACAAAAUAUUCACUGAGCAGCCCGUUGUUGUAGAGAGCAUUAGCAGCACAGAAAGAUCAUCUGGCGGCUUUGGAUCGACUGGAAAUUAA